AUGUCCAAGGUCAUACUCAUUUUGGGAGGAGCGGGUGUUCAGAAUGCUGCCGUCGCCCGCGAACUAGUCACCAACGAAUCUUUUUCAGUCAAACUCUUGUCUCGAAACAUCAAGUCGGACGAGUGUGUGUCUCUCUCUACCAUCCCUCGUAUUUCACUUGUUCAGGGUGACUGCUAUGACGAAGACACUCUUAUCUCUGCCUUUGAAGGCGUUGAUGCUGUUUUUGUAAACACCAAUGGUUUUGCGAUUGGCGAGAAGGCCGAAUUAUUCUGGGGCAUUCGUAUGUACGAGAUUGCAUACUGGGCUGGCGUCAAGCAUUUCAUCUACAGCUCUCUGCCAGCUGUGUCCAAGAAGUCUGGAUACAACCCAAAGUAUCGUGUGCCGUUUGUUGAUGGCAAGGCUAAAGUCGUUGAAUAUCUAAGAGCUCAGCCUACCGACAAGAUGAACUGGAGUGCUAUCGAGAGUGGCCCCUAUCCCGAAUCUCACCUUGGUACCUGGUAUCCUAAGAAAGAUGAAGAUGGUGUAUACGUCUUCCGCAUGCCUCUCGAGGCUGAUGGUGCCAUGGCCAUGGUUGGAUUAGCUGAUUUUGCCUGGUUCGCCCGCUACAUGUUUGAGAAUCCGAAAGAAUUCGAGGCCGACUUGCUCAGCGUCGGCAUCGACCAUGUCAACGGCAACACUAUUGCGGCAGCCUUUACUGCCGUAACUGGAGAGCCUGCACGGUACGAACCGCUGCCUCUAUCCGCCGUAGCCAAGACAUGGCCGGAUACCAAGGUUGGCCUUGCAGGAUCUCCAGGCUUUGAAGAUCCAACCUUGAAAACCAUGGCCGGCCAUUUCGUUCCAUGGUUCACAAUCUGGCAGGAGAGUGGCGGCAACAAAGGUCUAUGGACAAAGGACUACAAGCGACUGGACAAGAUACAUCCGGGUCGUAUGAAGACUAUUGAGGAGUGGAUGCGGUCGGUAGGCUACUCAACUGAGGAGUAUGCCAACCAGCUCAAGACUGGUAUUUUCAGCUAA